AAAGGGAGGUUCGAGAGCGACGCUUGUUUCCCGGCUUGUGGGCCGGGAGGGUCUUGUCUCCCUUCAACAACCCCCAGUCAGACGUCUGCCUCCUCCAACUCCUCCGCCUCUCCUUUAACAAACUCGACAACUUCGUCCACACAACUCCCAUUUUCAAUCUCAUUCACCUGCACCUGCCUCCCCGGAUUCACAGGCCCGACUUGCGAAGAGUGUCUUCCCGGGCAUUACGGGCCGGAGUGUCAAACUUGUCCGGCUCAGUGUUAUAGCGGAGCUGCAGGAGUGGAGAGUACGGGGAGAUGUAAUGAUGGAUUCACGGGGACUGGCGGGUGUUUAGGGGUUUUGGGGAAUAGUACGCAAGGUAAGCCCUCGACCGGUCCUUGUUGCAAAUCUUGUGGAUGUCUACAUGGGACGUGUACUUCAGGGGAUACUUGUGAAUGUUCGGCUGGAUGGGCGGACGCGGACGGGAAGAGGUGUUCAGCCUGCGCCGCUGGGUUCUUCCUAAGCGAAGAGGGGGAUUGUCAAGCAUGUCCUUUGGGUACAUUAACUUGCCAAUCUUCGACCCGGGCCUUAACUUGUUCUCGUGGAUACUCUAUCAACGCAGCAACCGGGAGUUGUGUACCUUCCGGCGGACAAGCUAGUUGCACGGACGGUCAGUUCUGGGAUGGGUCUGCUUGCACUAGAUGUUCCCCGGCAUGCACUACAUGCACAGGAUCGGGCGCCGACCAAUGCCUCGAAUGCGCCAGUCCGAGAUUGACUUUGCGGUCGCUCAUGUUAAUCCACUUGGUCUCGCUUCACAGAUUCAACUUGAACGGGACUUGCGUGGGAUACGAUGGAUUGAACGGGAUCUGCGAUUCUUCUUCGACCGAUCUGAAAGGAGUCUACGUUGCCAAUAACGCCAAGGGGCGCUGUGAAGCAUGUCCAAGCGGUUGUCUUGCCUGCGCAGUACCUUCAUUCUCGAUCACUUCGGUAUGGAAUGACACGGUCUGUACCGCUUGUCAAGAGGGAUGGGUCUUGCAAAGUGGCAAAUGCGUCGAGGAAUGCCAGACGGGGUACUUUCUGCCUGAGGGUUCCCCUAAUAUUAACGGGACGUGUGAAGCCUGCGACCAGACAAAAUGCGCGUCCUGCCAUACGAGCGCGACGCAGUGUUCUUCGUGUAUCAAACCGGGUGAAUACGCCACUGUCACUGGAGAUUGCGUGACAUCCUGCCCGUCCGGAACCACCAAGAAUGACAGACUAGGGCGUUGUAUACCCUGUCCCUCGGACUGUGCGAGCUGUUCGGAAGACGGCUUGUGCCUGUCGUGCCCAGCCUCGGCCCCCAUUCUCGCCAAGGGGAGAUGCUCCGCCGUCUGUCCCAUCUCCUCCUACUGGGAAACAUCGACGGCAUUGUGCACCACCUGUGCUAGCAACUGCACAUCAUGCAUCGGACCCGAGGUCAAUCAAUGCGUGUCGUGCGCGAACGGAGCGAUCAUGAAGGACGGGACAUGCAUGCCUACAUCAUGCACGUUCGUCGACAGUCUAGGCAUAUGUUUGCGGAGCGAUCUCUCCAAGGAGACACUCUGGUGGCCUUAUCUACUCGUAGUAUUGCUGCUCCUGGCCAUCGGCCUGACGAUAUUUUGGUGGAUCCGGCGAUCGAGGCGACUCAGGCGCGAAAAUACCGCCGCUUUCGCUGCCACUUUGGAUGACACCGAGAUCGAACGUCGUGUUGCAGGGAUUGGUGGGAUCUUCAAGAUGCUCAACAGCAUGAGAGUGAGGACGCCUGCGAGAGAGAGUUUCCACAUUCCUGAUCUGGAUGGGCCUCCGCCUGCUUACAACGACAAAGGCAGCCGGCCAGUAUUCAGUAUCACACCCCCUUCGCCUACCGCACAGGGACCUCUUCGAGCUCCUGCCAACAGGGAAAGAUACGAUGAUGUUCACCACGGGGCGUUUGAGAACAAACGCGAGCAUCAAAAGCAAGUUAGCUUUGGCGACGACGAAGCAUCAUGGCCGCAUGACAUUAAAUAUAGUAGCAAAGACAAGGAUGACGGAAGUUCAAACGAGAAAGUUCGGGCACAGCAUUGUAUGGUUUGAUGACCUGUCCAUAAUGAACGCCUAGUUGUACACAAGAUCAUGAGAUAG